UAGCUACUACUAGUAAAGAAGUGCGUACUGGAAACAAACCGUUGGCAGUGACGGGGGCGCGUGUUAGUGGGAUUUGAAUCGCUUAAGCCAGUCCGCUGGGUGCGUUGUGAAUUUUAUAAAGUAUCAGGUAGGGGGGAUAGGCAACGCGGAACAGUGACCCCCCCCCUCCCUUAGUCGUGAUCCUGGUACGCGCAGGGAUAUUUGGAUCUUCUCUGGAUCAAAAUACUAGGAGCUAAGAGGCAGUGCUGUCAGUAAUUGAGCUCAGAGCUGGGGAGGGCGGUGGUGUGUGGCUGCUGCUGAUUAUCGGACUAAUCACCACACGCAUAUACACCGGAUUUAUUUCGCCUUAACUACGCUUUUGCUGCUUUUUAGGCUCGUGAAACUCGGAACCCGGAUUUUGUUUGGACUCAUUUACGGUUACCCAUUUUAUCUACAUGGAUACGUUAGUAUAAAAGCACAAACUGUUUUUGUUUAUAUAUGUCUUCGGGUGAAUUGACGCGGCAACAUCAAGGAGAAAUACCCGUGAGGAUCGAUCACUCGGACGCCGGCGCCUCGUCUCGAUUUUGUUUAUUUUUCUUUCUUGAGGAUUUGAGUGAAGAUGCUACUCUCUAAAUUUGGCUCCUUGGCUCACAUUUGCAAUCCAGCCAGCAUGGAUCACCUGCCGGUGAAAAUCUUACAGCCAGUGAAAACCGAGAAGGAGCCCUUUGAGAAGGUUUACCAGGUUGGCUCUGUGCUGGGCAGCGGUGGCUUUGGCACGGUAUACUCUGGCAGCAGGAUUGCAGAUGGCUUGCCGGUCGCUGUCAAGCAUGUAUCUAAGGACAGGGUCACGGAUUGGGGCACUUUGAACGGAGUGAUGGUGCCCUUGGAGAUCGUCCUCCUUAAAAAGGUGGCCUCUGGCUUUCGAGGCGUGAUUAAGCUGCUAGACUGGUAUGAACGCGCUGACGGGUUCCUGAUUGUCAUGGAAAGACCCGAGCCGGUGAAAGAUCUCUUUGAUUUUAUAACGGAGAAGGGCGCUUUGGAUGAGGACACGGCCCGUGGCUUUUUCCGUCAGGUGUUAGAGGCUGUCCGGCACUGCUACAGCUGCGGGGUCGUUCACCGAGACAUAAAAGACGAGAAUCUGCUGGUGGACCUCAGGACCGGCGAGCUCAAGCUCAUUGAUUUCGGUUCCGGAGCUCUUCUCAAGGACACAGUGUACACAGAUUUCGAUGGAACAAGAGUCUAUAGUCCUCCAGAAUGGGUCAGAUAUCACAGAUACCAUGGAAGGUCAGCAACUGUCUGGUCAUUGGGAGUCCUUCUUUAUGACAUGGUGUGUGGCGAUAUACCAUUUGAGCAGGAUGAGGAAAUUUUACGGGUUCGCUUGUACUUCAGAAGACGAAUUUCCUCAGAGUGCCAACAACUUAUCAAAUGGUGCCUUUCUUUGAGGCCUUCUGAUCGACCAACGCUUGAACAAAUUUUUGACCAUCCAUGGAUGUGCAAGUGUGACCUAGUGAAGUCAGAGGACUGUGAUUUAAGACUAAGGACCAUUGACACUGAUGCAUCUAGCACAAGCUCAAGUAAUGAGAGCCUGUAAAACUCAAAGAAUCUUUCAAAGAGAAGGGAGCAUUUGUCAGAUCAAUGCUGCUGCCAAUACUACACGGGAGAGGCUGAAGCAUUGUCUACUCUACAGAUAAACAUUUUUAAAAAAAAGUUAUUCCUUUUUAGUUUAUUCCACCCAAAAUUACUUGCAAUUAUUGCCCCGGAAUGAGACUUCAUUACAAAAUGCUGAUCUGCAAGUUGUAGGCCAGAGCUUACACAAAGGACUGACCUUAUUUACAUAAGAAAAGCAGUGACCUCUUGAAUACAUAGUAUACGGUUUGCUCUCAUAGAGCCUGGACUAGAUUUUUAUUUGCUUUUUGAGUGCCUUUUUGAAAGCUGCUUCAGUGGGACAUUAAUUUAUAUAUAUAUAUUUUUUCCAUAUGGCAAUGUAUGUCCAAUGAAGAUCCAUGCCAUUAUAGGGUUUGUCUGGCAUAAAGGUGAUGUGUGUUGGAUCAGCUCUCUCUGUAAAUCUGAGCGUUUGGAAGUAAUGCUACCCAUAUGGAAAACACGAACACCAGUAUAUUGCGAAACUUUUGUUUUUUUUUCUUUGCAUCUCCAAAAUGUUUCAUGAACUCUGUAGAAUAGAGGAUUGUUGUGUGUUUUAUUUAUUUCUUUGUAGGAACACUAAUCCCUCUCCAUUACUACCACUGGGCACAACUAGGCCUCUAAUUUAAGGCCCCCUAACCAUGUCAGCCUGCAAGUCUUAUGUAUGGGCAUGUUAAAUGCACAAUCAAUGCAAUAUUCAAGGACCUUUUCCAUAAGUUAUUUUCCUUGUAUUAUACAGUUAUUUAUUGCAAUAUUUCUAGAUGUAACCCAUCAUUAUUUAUUUGAUUAAUUUAUUUGUCUAGAGUUUAUCCAACACUGCUUCAUUUUCCAGUAGUUUAUUUUUACCUUUUUUACUCUGCAUUCCACUCAUCUAUUUUUAUUUAUUUUUUUUUCUCUCCCCUCCUCUCUUCACCCUCAUUGUUUAUAAACCAGCCUUUUUUUGUUGGGGGCAGGGUAAUUGUUGUAAAGAGUUUAAUUUGAGUCCUAGAAUGAAUUUUAAAAUUGUCAUAAUGCCUAUUGUGUCUAGUUAUUCUACCUUAAUUAAAUAGUUUAUACUGGGCUUUUUGCAAGAUUUUAAGUUAUUGGCAUUAUACAUUCUCCAUGCAUUGGCUCUGGGAGAAAGUGUAGAGUCCUACAUUUUAAUUUAUUUUGAUAGCUGUGUUCCUGUGAUCUAGUUGCAUUUAUGCAGCUUCAUUUUUUAUUUUAUUUGUUUAACUUAAGUGUGAAAUGUAUGUAUAUCAUAUUUUUUAUACAAGUAUUUCAAUUAAACUUUUUUUUUGUAUACAA